AUGAGCACACAUAGUUCACAUCAACGAACCCAAAAAGGAAAUAACCCAUUUAAAGGUAUGGAGUGCGGAAAGAGCUUCUCUUUCAAUGCAAAACUUAGAACACACCAGCAGACUCACACAGAGAGAAAAUCUUUUAAGUGCAGGGAGUGUGGGAAGAAUUUCAGUCAGAGUGGAAACCUUAAAUUGCACAAACGGACUCACACAGGGGAGAAACCAUAUACAUGUAUUGAGUGUGGAAAGAGCUUUAGUGAUAGUGGAAACCUUAGGAAACAUCAACGGACUCACACAGGAGAGAAACCAUAUGAAUGUAUUGAGUGUGGAAAGAGCUUUAGUGAUAAUGGAAACCUUAGGAAACAUCAACGGACUCACACAGGGGAGAAACCAUAUAAAUGUAUCGAGUGUGGAAACAGCUUUAGUAAAAGUGGAAACCUUAGGAACCAUCAAUGGACUCACACAGGGAAGAAACCAUUUAAAGGCAUGGAGUGUGGAAAGAGCUUCAGUCAGAGUGGAGACCUUAGACAACAUCAACGGACUCACACAGGGGAGAAACCAUUUAAAUGCAUGGAGUGUGGAAAGGACUUCAGUCAGAGUACACACCAUAGAAGACAUCAACAGACACACACAGGGGAGAAAUCAUUUAAAUGUAUCGAGUGUGGAAAGAGUUUCCGUUGUAAUACAAGCCUUAGAUCACAUCAACGGACUCAUACAGGGGAGAAACCAUUUACCUGUAUGGAGUGUGGAAAGAGCUUCAGUUAUAGUGGAAGCCUUAGAAGACAUCAACAGACCCACACAGGGGAGAAACCAUUUCAAUGUAUGGAGUACAGUAAAUACUUCACUCAGAGUGGAAAUCUUAGAAAACAUCAGUAGAUACACAGGGGAGAAACCAUUUAAAGGUAUGGACUGUGGAAGGAGCUUCAGUCAGAGUGGAACCCUUGAUUUAUGUCAACAAACUCACACAAAAGACAAACCAUAUUAA